AUGCAGCAUCGAACGAACGAACAGCUAUGGGACAGUUCGCUUUUCCGUCGAUUAGCGGGUGAUGUUGGGGCCGCAGUAGUCUCCGCGACAUUAGUUGCACCAGCAGUGACGAUAAUAGACAGGGCCAUUGUGGAAAAAUCAUCUUUAAACCAGUCCCUCUUUCGUGGGUUAAGGCGACAUGCACUUCAUGCACUCAAAAACCCCACGCGAUUUGUAUUCCAAUUACCAUUCGGCAUCAUUUGGAGUCUAUACGCAGCCACAUACAUAGUCGCAAAUGGAACCGACACAAUAAGCAACAAGCUCAAAGCUCGCGGUACAGGAAUGCUCACAUUUGCGACCACGACAAUAGUAAACGUGCCCUUGGGUGUAUGGAAAGAUAUCCGAUUUGCAAAAAUAUUUGGCACCAAGACCUACGCCAAUAAUGUCGAAGCGGCGCGACCGGCGCUCGUGCAAAAUCGCGGUGUUGCAAGAGCAGCCACGGCCAUUUUUCUCUUGCGCGACUGUGUGACGAUCUUUGGAUCCUUUACUCUUGCACCGAAAUUAUCGGCCGCCAUUCCUGAUAGUAUUACUUCCCACCCUCAAGCCAAGCCGGUUAUAUCACAGUUGACGGUGCCGGUUUUGACUCAGCUUGUGGCUACGCCGCUGCAUUUGUUAGGGUUGGAUCUUUAUAUGCGACAGCAUGCUGUGCCGUUCGUUGAUCGGGUGGCACAGUCGCAACGGCAUUUGGCUUCUACCACUGUGGUGCGAUGUAUUCGCAUUUUGCCUGCUUUUGGAUUUGGAUGUUUGGCAAAUUUGGAACUGCGAUCGCUUUUUCAUAGACAAAUUGGAGGAGAGAAUCUAUAA